UGUGUGGAUGAACAAAGUCGAGUGCAGAGGGAAUGAGAUUCACCUGUGGGACUGUCCUCUCUCCCUGAAUAACCACACUGACUGCUUCCGCAAAGAGCACGCUGGACUCACCUGUGCAGAUUUGUCAGUGUCCACUACUCCUGCCACAACAUCGUCAGCUUCUCCUCCAGUUUCUCCUUCAGUGCGCUCAACAUCAGUCUCUCCUUCACAAACUCCUCCACCAGUGUCUCUCCCAGUGCUUGUGAUUGUUCUGGGAGUUGUGCUCUUACUGCUCUUAGUGCCACUGCUUAUACUGAUUCAGCAGAACAGAGUGAUGAGGAGAGCUCUCUCUAAGAGGAGACACAGGAUGAAGACUGAGGCCAUUUAUGAGGAGAUUCAGCAAAGACACAAUCACUUCACUCAGAGGGGUGAGACAUGAGCCAUCAAUCUCAUUUAAUACCAUUUAUAAGAGUCUGUCAGACAGUAGAUGUUCAUCUAUUAUUAGUCCUGUUAAACCUCCUGCUUCAAACCACAGAAUUCCUGACAGAAAACCACAGAGCUGCAGGUGCAUGUUUGUGUGUGUGU